GCAAAUCGUUCACAGCACACCCACCCUGAGUACUGGAACUAUGCCGCGGGGCCGGCCUCGCAAACUGAGAGUUCAAAGCAACGACGAAACAGAUGCGGAUCCCAGUGAAUCUAAGGCAGAAGGCUUCAGUGAUGGGGAGCUCAAGGAUAAGAAGUGCACAAUAUGCUCCCAGAUUUUUACCACAGAGAGCCAGCUGCAGAAGCACCUCCGUGAACAUGAGGUCAAUGAUAAGCCUCAUCGUUGUGACCAGUGCUCACAGACGUUCAACGUGGAGUUCAACCUCACGCUACACAGGUCCACACACACUACAUCGGACUUCACCUGCCCCGUUUGCAAUAAGAAGUUCUCUCGCAUCGCCAGCCUUAAAUCCCAUAUCAUGCUGCAUGAGAAGGAGGAGAAUCUGAUCUGUGCUGAGUGCGGAGAUGAGUUUGUUCUUCAAAGCCAGCUCUCUCUGCAUUUGGAGGAGCAUCGGAAGGAGCUCUCGGGCAUCAAGGUCUACACCUGCAAGACCUGCGACAAGGAGUUCAAGACGUCUGCGCAAAUAAAGGAGCAUAUGAAGAGUCACAUCAAAAUGAGGCCACUUACUUCUACUUCAAGAAACUACAAGAAAAACAUAGAUCGCAGUGGGUUCACAAACAGCUGCCAUCAUUGUGGAAAGGCUUUCAAAAAGCCCAGCCAGCUCAUCAGGCACAUCCGAAUACACACAGGUGAGAGACCCUACAAGUGCACGCACUGCGGCAAGGCUUUCAACCAGAAGGUGGUGCUACAGACUCACAUGGUGAGACACACCGGGGAGAAACCUCACCUCUGCAUGUUCUGCCCUGCCUCCUUCUCCCAGAAGGGGAACCUGCACUCUCACGUUCAGAGGGUUCAUUCUGAGACCAAAGGGGUGCCGCUGUUUCCGUGCAUGGACUGCAGCUGUGUAUUUAAGAAACUUGGCAGUCUGAACGCCCACAUCAGCAAAAUGCACAUAUCCGUGAUUGAGGUGCCAUCCAGCACAUCGGAGGCUGAAACAACAGGUCAGGCUCCAGGGGUGCCAGAAGGUGGCGAGGGAGUGACAGAUGUCAUCCAGCAACUUCUAGAGCUGUCGGAACAGGUCAGUGGGGAGACAGCCCAGCCCCAGCCCCCAGAGCCAGCUAUCACAAUGGAAACUGCUAUUAACCAGGACAUCCUACAGCAAGCGCUGGAGAACAGCGGGCUGAGUGUGGUCCAACCCCAGAGUGACGCCCCACCAAGAGAGUCACAGAACCAAUCGACCGAUGGCGCUGUUGUGGAAAACAAGAAAGUGCAAAGUACAGACAAACUGACCAGGGAGAAAAAGAGGAGCAUUUUUAAGAAACCUAUACAAAUGCCAGGCUCCAUCAGGGAGGAGGAUGGCGUUCGCUGGCACGGGUGCCCCUACUGCUCCAAGGAGUUUAAGAAGCCCAGUGACCUUGUUCGUCACAUACGCAUCCACACCCACGAGAAGCCUUUCAAGUGCAAACAGUGCUUCAGAGCUUUUGCUGUCAAGAGCACCCUCACAGCACAUAUGAAGACGCACACGGGUAUCAAGGCCUUCGAGUGUCAGAGCUGUCUGAAGUGCUUCUCCACCUCUGGCAGCAUGAAAGUGCACAUGCGGCUGCAUACAGGUGUGAGGCCUUUCCCCUGCCCUCACUGCGACAAGAUCUUUCGUACGUCGGGACACAGGAAAACACACAUCGCUUCUCACUUCAAAAGCUUGCAGCAGAAGAAGCAUAAAUUUCCACGGAAAGCAAACAAAGCCAAAGUGUCCAAAAGCAACCUACCUCUACCAGAUAUCCCCUUGCAGGAACCCAUCCUCAUCACUGACUUUGGUCUCAUCCCAUCCCAAAACCCCCGCCUGGCUUUUCAACAGUACCUGGAUGUUGUGGCCAAUGACCGGCCAUACAAGUGCCAGUUCUGCAGUAAAGCCUAUAAGAAGUCAAGUCACCUUAAACAGCAUGUCAGGUCUCAUACAGGAGAAAGGCCCUACAAGUGUGUGCAGUGCAGUCGCAGUUUUGCCUCCUCGGGAGUCCUCAAAGCUCACAUCCGAACACAUUCGGGGCUAAAGGCAUACAGGUGUUGUAUGUGCGACACAACGUUCACCACCAGCGGCAGCUUAAGGCGCCACAUGACCACUCACAGUGACCUGCGACCUUACAUGUGCCCCUACUGCCAGAAGACCUUUAAGUCAUCACCUAACUGUAGGAAACACAUGAAGACGCACAGGUACGAACUGGCCCAGCAGCUACAACCUCAGUCAGGAGAAGACCCCCUGGGAGCUGGCACUGUAGCCCAUGACAUGCAAGUGGAAAUAGAGGGUGACACUCUCCAGCAAGCCCCGGCUGAAACAGCAGAGCAGCAGAGCAUGCUGGGACUGAGCCAGACAGAAGUUGUAAAUGGAGGCCAGCAAGUGACACUGGACGCAAACCUGACUGUACAAGGAGAUGACUCAUAUGUGACUACCCAGCAUGCUUUGCCUCAGAAUAUCAGCCAGUUUGAGACACCAGCACUUCCUCAGUCUUCGUUUGACCAGCAAGCUCUAACACAAGGCUUCACCAUCACUGAAACGAGCUACAAUCAGUCCCAGUUCUCCACAGUCCAGCAGCUGCAGGACUCCAGCACCCUGGAGUCUCAGGCCCUUUCAUCCAGCUAUCACCCUCCAAAUCUGCUUCAUGUCCCACCUGCUGAGGUGACGAAUGGGCUUCUUCAGCAGAGCAGUCAAAACGACCUCCAGUUGCCUACAGAGACACAGGAGUACCAGGAAGACUGUGAAGACAACACUAAGAGAGCCUACAGGUGCAGUUGGUGCAGUAAAGCCUUUAAAAAGUCAAGCCACUUGAAACAGCACGUGAGAUCACACACUGGGGAGAAACCAUUCGGAUGUAACCUCUGUGGACGAGCCUUUGUAUCAGCUGGAGUACUCAAGUCCCAUCUGAAUACCCAUACAGGAGUGAAGCCCUUUAAGUGUAAUGUUUGUGACGCCUCCUUCACCACAAAUGGCAGCCUGAAUCGCCACAUGAUCAUUCACAUCAAGUCUUUCAAAUGCUCCAUGUGUGAUGAGAGCUUCCGGACCAGCCUGCUAUGUAAGAGGCAUAUGAAAAAGGAGCACGCCAUGGACGAUCAAAUUAUAGGCCUGGAGUCAAGUCAAGAUGUGGAAGAAGAGGAAAAUGAUGAGGAAAGUGAACAAAAGACAUCAAAGAGGAGGGGUAUGGAAAUUAUCACGUUCACUGAAGAGCAGGCGGCCGAAUUAGCGAAGGAUCCCGGCGAGGAGGCCUCAGUUUCGGAGCGAAUACUUUCCCAGUCGGCAGCUGAAAGAGAUCGGAUCAGUGAGAUUAAAGACAAAGCCGUGGAGCUGGAAACCGAACCCAAGUUUGCCAACUGCUGCAAUUACUGCCCCAAGAGCUUCAAGAAGCCCAGCGACCUCGUCAGGCACAUCAGGAUCCACACAGGAGAGAGGCCUUACAAGUGUGACGAAUGUGGGAAAAGUUUUACAGUGAAGUCGACCCUGGACUGCCACGUUAAAACACAUACAGGUCAGAAGCUUUUCAGCUGUCAUAUGUGCAACACCUCCUUCUCUACAAAGGGGAGCCUGAAGGUGCACAUGCGCCUCCACACCGGCUCCAAGCCCUUCAAGUGUCCCUUCUGCGAACUCCGCUUCAGAACUUCGGGUCACCGCAAAACACACAUCCAGUGUCACUUCCGUCCAAACGGCGACGGCCGCAAAUCCAAGCGCUCUUCCUCGUCCUCCAGUCAGGCCAGACAGGGUCAAGACCCAGCGACUGGGCAGGGUGUGGCUCCAAGUCAGGGGCAGCAGCCAACGGGAUCAGAGGCUCUUCAGUCUGUGGGGCUGCUGCAAACACCCAGCGCUGACCCCAGCAUUUACCUCCCAGCUAACCAGGUCCUCACAGGGCAGUUUGACCAGAAUCUACUGCAGUCAGGACUAGUAGGACAGGCCCUCCUGCCCGCCUCCAUGUCAGCUGCAGGAGACUUGACCGUGUCACUCCCAGAUGGCCUUACCACGCUGGACGGCAUCCACUUGCAGCUGACGCCCGCCAACCUGGUGUGUCCCAACGUCCAGAUCUCCGGCAUCGACACCAGCAACAUCAACAACAUCACACUACAGAUUGAUCCCGCCCUCCUGCAGCAGACUCUACAGCAAGGCGGCCUCCUCUCACAGCCCCUGAGUGUUGACACAGGUCUGGUCUCCCACUCAGGGAGCCAGCUCAUGUCUACGACUGACACCUCAGUGUCUGCCAACGUUGUCAUCCACCCACUGACCAGCCUGGCCUUGCAGCCCUCCACUAUCACACCUGCGCAGGUCACAAUGGCUGGACUAUCUGAGCAGGAUGCUGCCAGUUCUCAGGACCUAAGCAAUGUCAUGGGCAGCUCUGGGCUAGUGGCAGGUGGCAACAGCGGUCAGGAGAUCACCCUGACCAUCAACAACUCCAGCCUGACACAAGCUCUUGCUCAAGUCCAGGCUUCAGCUGCUGGCUCUGGCACAGCAGGAGGAAAUCCUCAGGAGAUCACCCUCACCAUAUCAGGUCAGGAUCUGCUCCCCCAGCCAAACAAUCCCAGUGCUGCUGAGAUGAACGGCAGCAUCAGGCUAGCGUCACCGCUUACCGGCCAAACCACGAGUGCAACUCUGACCAUCACCAAUGACCACCUGCUACCUCAAAGCCCCGCCAAUGCUGGAAAUGCUGUCACCAGUCUGCCACCAAGCACCACCCUGUCUCACACUGCUGCCUCCCAGAGCCUAGUGAUGUCACCAGGAGCUGUGGCCAGUGAUGGCAGCGUCACACUAACCCUUGCAGAUGCUCAGGGCAUGCUGGAUGGCGUCACCUUAAACCUCAAUACACAGGGUCAGACUUUCCCUGCAGUACUGAAUGAUUCUGGCCUAACAGGACAGCCAGGGACCACAGGUCAGCAGGUCAUACUGGUUAGCCACCAGUCCCAGUCCGCAAAUGGAGCAACAGACAAUGGAUAUACUAUUUCCACUGAUAAGGGUGGGAAAGAGCUCCAGGUAGAUACUGAUAACCGAAAUCAGUGUUUCUACUGUAAUCAAGUGUGCCAGAAUGCCAAUACACUGCGACGUCACUGCAGACAGGCUCACGGCAAGGACCGCUGUCAUGUCUGCAGCCUCUGUAGAAAGGCCUUCAAGCGAGCUACACACCUGAAAGAACAUAAACGAGUGCACCAGCCGGGCCCGUCACCCAGCUCCCAGAAGCCCAGAGUCUUCAGUUGUUCCUCCUGCGUAAAAGCCUUCGCCAAGCGCAGUCAGCUGGAGAGACACAAUCGAACGCACACAGGUGAGCGGCCUUUCAAGUGCACUCAGUGUGACAAGGCCUUCAACCAGAAGAGCGCUCUGCAGGUCCACAUGGUCAAACACACUGGAAAGAAGCCAUUCAAGUGUGAGGUGUGCAACAUCAGGUUCACCCAGAAAAGCAACAUGAAGCAUCACAUGAAGAGAUCGCACGGCUACGGUCAAAUACAAGAUGUGCCCCUAGGCCAAGAGGAAGUGGCGCCUCGGGUUGAGGUGACCCCUGAACUUGACCUGGAAGUGGUUCCUGAAGCAACAGGAGACUGGCCGAACGUCUUCUCCUGACCGCAGCCCGCAUGACUGCCAAGUAUCAGAAAGCACUGCAGAGUCUCAUGAGCACUUACUGGCUAAACAGCAAAGCUUUGCCAAACACAAUAAUCCUCUGAAAGGGGCUGUGUGGCUGGAAACGGAUUUGAGGCUCCACCAUAAGCUGAAGUGAAUAGCGUUCAUCAUUUCUUUUCGUUACUGUUCUGCUCGGAUCUCGGCCUUCACGUGGAUGUUUCUUUGACACCUGGCACCCAGCUAAGCUUUGUUGCCGACCAGAUACACCUCUACUCUCCGGCCUACUUCUGCAGGGCAGUGGAGCCCUGCCACCUCUCAGAAAUUACUCAAGAAACUUCUCAAAAAGCCCUUCAAAUUCCCCAAAUCCCACUUGGAUUGUGCAGCUACAAUCUGAACUGGGAGAACUCCAGGGCCCACCCGACUGUGGACAAACACCCCCAUAGCUCCUGUCUCCAUCUAAAAAUGGGUCAGAGCUAUUUCAGAAACACAAGGAGGACCUGCACAAUAUCAGUCAGGUGGUCUUAAUGCUGUACAUUCAAGUCCUCUGUCCUUGUAGCGGUCCCUGGCUGUUUAUUCAAUUCAGCAUCAAAGCAAGGGGAGUCUGGCUCCCUCUGAUUGGCCUAAUGACUUUUAUCCGUUCUGCUGCGGUCUGAUUGUCAUCAGUAUGAUAACCGCUGGAGAGGUUUGGUUCAGGGAACACGGGCAUCCUAGAUAAGUCUCCACUCUGGAGACAGAGGUCUCCCUCUAAUGCCGGCCCUGCUGGAAAUAGAGGAAACUGGAGCGUGCUGCAGAAACUCCCCAGAGACCAGUGUCGUCUCUUCUUCGGUGGUGUGCUCACAGGGAGCUGCAGGCAGCUUACCGCUGUCAUGGCCUAAAAGCAACCGUCUUACAGUACAUAAGACAGAAAGCACUUCUUUUCUACUGGUUUACUUUUGUCAUAUUUAUACUGUACAUAUUUCAUCUCCGAGUGAAAUGUUUAUUUUCGAUUGAUGUUUUAGUUUGAAAACAGCGGCUCACUGUGAAAGCUGCGCCUUUUUCCAGGUUCUUGAUUGAGGACUGCAACACUUUUUCUUUACUGUGUCUCACUUUGUAAAUAGUGUAGUUAGAUGGCGUAUAUUUUUUGAUGAACCACCACAACACAGAUUAUUGGAUAUAUAUAAUUUGAGCAUUAGGUUGCAUUUGUUAUGAAGCAAAGCCAAUGUACAGCUGUUUCUUCUUCUUUUCUAUCGUCCAUAAUAAGUUAAGAUUAAAGUAAUUUUUCUACUAAUUAAA